GGCAGUGUCACACGGGAACGUGGUGUACUAGACCCGAGACACAUGUGACUGAUAGCCCAGUUCAUACAUUACCAUGUUCAAAUCUACUGAACGAUUCAGUUUUUCCGACAUGGAUGAUUACACGGGAGAGAACAAACGCUCCGGAUCUAGGACGAGUGGGACGCUCUGUCAGGUGUCCGUAACCACAGGAUUCAUUCUUACUUUCCUCUUCUUGGCUAUAGCGGUUGGGAUAGGGGUAAUUGUGAACUUUGCAGGAAACAACAAGAAUGUGACAUGUUCCUGUCAGUGUGGAGACGGAAUGACAACGCCCCACCCCCCGGACUACAUACCACAAGCCUGUAAGGCACUUGCGCUGGAGGGAAACAAGGAACUUUGUGGACUUUGUCCUGAUUCGUCAAAAACGACAGCAACAGCAACAACUGGAUCAACCACAGGCGUUAGUGACGUCACAGAUACAACGUACCCUACCUAUCCAACAACCCCUGCUCCUCCAUUGAUGACUGAUGUACGCCUACCUACUGCCGUUAAACCGUACCAUUAUGACAUCACAUUACGACCGGAACUCUACAACGGGGAGCCCGAAACAUUUACUUUUAACGGAACUGUUGAUAUAUUUAUAGAUUGUGUUAACGCCACCAAGAACAUUACUGUACAUAUUGGUACUCAGAACAUAACUCAGGCCCCUACUGUUCAACUGGUUAGCAACCCCGGGGGAGCGGCUCCAGCUGUGACUAGUACCACAAAGGAUACUGAACGAGAAUUUCUGGUCAUUAUGCUGGACACGGAAUUGACGGCUGGGGAACAAUACUCACUGUCGCUACAGUUUGCUGACAAACUAACUGACAACCUUAUUGGAAUGUACUUGAGUUCCUAUCAAAGUGAAGCAGCAAAUGAAACUAAGUACCUCGCCGUGACACAGUUCCAGCACACCUUCGCCAGGAGUGCCUUUCCAUGUUUUGAUGAACCAGCUUUAAAAGCGACAUUCAGCAUCACCCUUGAAAGACAGCCCCAAAUAUUUACACUAUCAAAUAUGCCUCUAAACAGAACAGAAUCCCUUGGGGACGGAUACUACGCUGAUGUGUACGAUAAGUCUGUAAGCAUGUCCACAUAUCUGGUAGCUUUCACACUCUGCGACUUCCUGAAUGUCACAAAGAGGACUUCCAACAACGUAGAGUUUGGAGUGUUUUCCCGACCAGAAUAUAUAAAUCAAACAUCGUUUGCUUUAGACACUGGUAGUAAAAUGCUCGACGCUUUUGAAAACUACUUCAAUAUAUCAUUCACUCUUCCAAAAGUGGACAACAUAGCGUUGCCCGACUUCUACUAUGGCGCCAUGGAGAAUUGGGGGCUGGUGACGUAUCGGGAAUUGUACUUACUGUACGAGGAGGGUAUAUCGACCACCAGUAAUCUCGAGGUUAUCGCCGAAAUCAUCGCCCACGAACUUGCUCAUAUGUGGUUUGGUAAUAUAGUUUCUCCGAUGUGGUGGGACGACAUCUGGCUAAAUGAAGGCUUCGCUACAUUCCUCUCCUAUCUCGGAAUGGAUAGGGUUCUACCUGAGUGGAAAAUGGAAAGUAUUAUGGACCUGAUCACGACAUACGUGGUUCAAUCGGUGAUGGAAGCAGACAGUCUGGAGUCCACAGUACCAAUCUAUCGGAUGGCCUACACGCCCAGUCAAAUAGCUGACUUGUUCGACAUCAUUACCUACUCGAAGGGCGCCUCUGUCAUCAGAAUGAUGUGGUUUUUCCUUGGAGAAGAAACAUUUCGCCGCGGCUUAGAGGGUUACUUAAAGGACCAGAUGUUUGGGAACGUCGCCCACGAUGAUUUAUGGAGAGCCUUGCAAAAACAAGCAGAGGCUGACGGUAGAACUGGGUUUGACGUGAAGACGGUAAUGGACACAUGGAUCAUGCAAAAGAACUUCCCCGUAGUAACAGUAACUAGGCACGCCGGUCAGCUGACCCUCACACAGCAACGGUUUUUACUCAGAGUUGACAACACGACGAAUUCAACAGGCUACAGCUGGGAGAUACCUUUCACCUAUACUACACACCAAGAGAUGAACUUUAACAAAACUUCUGGUGAUAUCGACUGGAUCAGAGUUAACGACAAGGAAACUAACAUAAUUGAUGUAUCUAUCACACCUACGGAUGGGUGGAUUAUCGGGAACAUACAACAGUAUGGGUAUUAUCGGGUUCACUACGACCAGGCCAACUGGGAGGCGUUAAUUCAACAACUUAUAGAUGACCACGAAAAAAUCCACGUGGUCAAUAGAGGCGCGUUAAUCAGUGAUGCGUGGGCUCUAGCAAAAGCAAACCUAAGUUCUAUGGAGGUAGCCUGGGACAUGUUGAUUUACCUAGCUAACGAGACUGAAUACAUUCCGUGGAGUGUUGCAGUCCGCGAACUCGAGUACGUCGACCUGAUGUUGACUGGGCGCGCAGCGUAUGGGAAUUUCGAGCGUUUUAUGAUUCAACAAAUUGACGGCCGAUCUCUCAACGUCUCUCUCAAUGAUGACAGACCAGUCCAACAAAGAUCGCUCAGCAGUCUGAUAUACAGGUUGGCCUGUAAACACCACGUGGCCGAAUGUAUACAACGAUCAGUGGACAUGUUUAAAGCGUGGAUGGAUACCGGAGCACUAAUUCCUCCGGACAUCAAGGGAACUGUGAUGUGUACGGCAGUCCGAGAAGGGGGCGAGAUUGAGUGGGAGUAUGUUUACAGUCGGUACCACGACGGCCCAGUGUCAGAAUCCUCCUUAGCUCUGGCUGCCAUGGGCUGCUCCUCUCGCCCGUGGAUCAUCAGCAGAUACUUGGAAUUUACGCUUCAGUCCAAUAAAAUCCGGAAACAAGACGUCCGCAAUGCAAUACUCUCCGUUAUACGUAAUCCAGUAACGUUCUACAUGGGCUGGAAGUUCCUGAUGAUCAACUGGAGACGUAUGGUGCUGGAUUAUGACGUUAAUGGCAGUCAUUUGAAUACCAUCCUAUUACAAGUAGCACAACGCAUGUAUACAGACUUCGAGCUCAGUCAGAUGCUCCACCUGAAAAACAACAUCCACCCACAAGAGGUAGAACUGACCGGGUUUGAUAGGGCAACUGACAGAAUCAUGGUCAACAUGGAAUGGGAAAACCAGCAUUAUGAGUUCGUGGAGGAAUGGUUAAGGACAAACACGGAACAAAUUGAAUGAACAAGUAUUAUCAGUAUUGCUUAAUCAUAACAUUUAAACAGUGAACGUGGGAAGUGUGCCGUGUCUUGAUGCUGAUAGCGCAAAUUAACAAUAUUAACAACACAGGUGAUUUCGUAUCGACGAGAUUAACAGAAGUUAACUGUUAAGAUCAGCAAUUGGUUGUAUAUUGCUUAAUAAGAUUGAUAACAAAUUGAUGUAAAAUUUGAUGUGGAAAUAUAUAGAUAAUUAUAUAAACUGAAAACAAAAUAUACAUGCCAUUACAUUCAAAAGGAUCAUAUUUAUGUAUAUAUUUAGAAUACAUUAUGCUUGAAAAUUGAACAUGAUAUGUCAUUUAUCGAACAAAUAGAAUCAUUUGGUAUAACAGAAUUAUUGAACUUCCAUCCUCGAUACUCCAGAGGUUACGCUCACUUCACAGAGAGUGUGAGUGAGUGUAAACCUGGAGUAUUGAGGAUACUGAACUUCCAUCCUCGAUACUCCAGAGGUUACUCUCACUUCACAGAGAGUGUGAGUGAGUGUAAACCUGGAGUAUUGAGGAUACUGAACCUCCUGAGUGAUUGGUUUAAUGGUCAGAAAUUAAGUGUUAUCGACCUUUUACCGCUAUAUAUACGUCAGCAAACUUAUUCCCUUAAUACAAUUAUUUGUAUGACAUAUUUAUUAUCAAAAUAUCUCCAAACUUGUUUGAAUUAAAAAAAAAAAUCUAAUAUAAGAUUUUUGAAAAACUCGAUAAGAUAAGUUUUUGUACUGUUGUCGAUAUAUAUGUAUGCUUCAGUACCUGAUUUGACAAAGCAUUAUCAUUUUGUAAGCAGAAACCUGUGUCCGUAUUCAUAAAACCGUUAUUAUGCUCAAGCAUGGGUUUUGUGCUCAAGCAUAAUUUCUUGUUCUUG